GAUUCCCUGCGUCUGCCAGUCCCGCCACGGAUUCAUUUGGGAUCCUCAAAGAGACUAACCCGUAGAGACGUCGGAUCAAGGCAGCCGAUUAGAGCCAAUUGCCUGCUUCGGGGACUGCCAGCCCUUCCAGGCCUGGCGACCGGGGAGGGCGGGGAAGACAACCGAGAGCUGCUGCGGAAGACUCUGGAGCUAGCGCGACACCCGCCCCCCCCCCAGCCCCCCUUGAAGCGCAGGCUUUGAAAGCUGCUCCCCCAUCUGAAUGGAAACUCGGUACCGCCGGGCGGCGCGUUCCUUCUCGCCCCGGGUCGCAAUUCAUGCCAACGGAAAGGUGGUGCGAGCCCGCGCCAGUGCCCAGCUCCCGGGACAGGGCCGGUAAUGCUGCUGAGCAGAACUUGAACGAGUCCCUUCCUCGCUGCUAGUGGAAGCAAUGCUGCACGGCACAGCCAACGCUUCCUCGGCUCUCCUUCAAGCUGAAGGUUACCCACGCGUGCAGGCAGCCCCAAGCCUGUGAGCGCCGCGCCUCGGGUCCCGGCUCCGGUUACUUGGCGGCGGCGCGCAGGGCAAAGACCGGGCCGCCCGCGCCGGGGCGCACUGCACCAGUGGCUUUGGCUUGGUGGAUGUGUAUGCAUGAGUUCUGCACCGAAUGGGCGCAAAAAGCGCCCCAGCCGGUCCACCCGCUCCUCGAUCUUCCAAAUCAGCAAGCCUCCCCAGCAGAGCGGGGAUUGGGAGCGCAGGGGCAGCGGCUCCGAAAACACCUACAAAACCCAAAGAGCCCUGGACGACUGCAAGAUGCUUGUCCAAGAGUUCAACACGCAAGUGGCCCUGUACCGAGAGCUGGUCAUUUCCAUUGGGGAUGUCGCUGUUAGCUGUCCCUCACUCCGGGCGGAAAUGCACAAGACGAGGACCAAAGGCUGUGAAAUGGCGCGGCAGGCACACCAAAAACUCGCUGCCAUCUCAGGCCCAGAAGAUGGUGAGAUCCAUCCAGAAAUCUGUCGACUUUAUAUCCAGCUGCAGUGCUGCUUAGAAAUGUACACAACAGAGAUGCUAAAAUCCAUAUGUCUACUGGGGUCUCUUCAGUUUCAUCGAAAAGGAAAGGAACCUGUCGGGGGAACCAAGAGUUUGGAUUGCAAAAUUGAGGAGAGUGCUGAAACGCCUGCUCUAGAGGACUCCUCAUCAUCCCCUGUAGAUAUUCAGCAACAAGCCCGGCAGGUUUCCACAGACAUUGAGAACACUGAAAGAGAUAUGCGAGAAAUGAAAAACCUUUUAAGCAAACUCAGGGAAACUAUGCCUUUACCGCUGAAAAAUCAAGAUGACAGCAGCCUUCUAAAUCUAACCCCCCUACCCCUGGUUAGAAGACGGAAGAGAAGGUUCUUUGGGCUGUGUUGUCUGGUUUCAAGCUAAGAGGUUCCUCCUGACCACCUGCCACUGGGAAGACCUGGCCAAAUCACAGGACCUGAGGACUCCCAACAGCUGAAACACAAUUAUUGGCUUCUGACUAUGUUUUCUAUGCUUCCUUAUUACUUUUAUCACCUCUUCCUGCCCUUUUAAAUGAUGUUACAUUUGAAAGCAGCUGCGUCAAGAAAAAAAAAAAGAUUCAAAAAGCAGGCUGUUUUUAAAAAGGAUUUUUAAAGCUGACAUGUGCAUGUCUGCUCUAAACCAUACCAUGACAGAUGUAAGACUUAUGAUUUUUAAAUUAGUUAAAGGGUUUUUUUAAUGUAUUAUACAGAGGAAAAUUAUUUCAUGUAUAGUAGUCUAUCUGUAGCUCUUGCUGAGCUCAUGUUAACAAUUUAUCAUAUAUUAAAGCUGCAAAACUAUUUAAAAUCCAAUCUGUCAGAAUCACUAGAAAUAAUAUUAAUAGUCCAACAUUUACCACCUCAUCUAUUGGUUUCUCUGCAUUCCUUUAUGUUCAGUCUUCCAUUCUGUCAGAAUCUAAGAGCUUCAACAUCAGAAUAUUUUAAUUAACCAACAAAAACCAUAUAUUAAAAGUAUUUAAAUUUUGUAAAUACACAAUAAUCCUAAUACCUUCACAUGAUGCAUAUGGACAACUAAUUUCCUUUUGAUCCAAUGGUGUCUUUCUUGGCUUCAUGGAGAAUGAACUAAUCCAACUAGGAAAUGGUGUAGAAAUAUAUACAGUUACCCUCAAAUGUAAAAUUGAAUAAUAUCACAUUUUCUUCUAAUUGAAAUCUGAAGCAUGAUGUUUGCACAUCAGCAUAGUGUUAAAUCUUAUAGGGCAUGCUGAAAUUAGCUCAGAUUGUAAAAAUAUUUAACAUUUUACAUUGUUAAUAAAAUCUUUUUAGUUAAGCUAAGCUUGUCUCAUUUUAGAUGACUAUGCAGAUAUGACUUUUCCAAUGUGUACUUGAUGUCUUGUCUUAUGCUUAGAAUCUUGAAAGCAGGACACACUAAGCAAUACUAUAUUCUAGAAAAGAGGAAACCACAUGCUUUGUUUUUCUGCUCAUAGUUUUGUUGUGAUCUUCCUCCACUGAACUUAUAACAUGGUACUUUUUUUUUUUUUUUUUUUUUUUUGCCCUAUUCUUCCUUUGGCUCAUUUCCCAGACAGAAUUUCCCACGGGUUGAGAGAUCGGGUCUUUGCACUUUUCUUAUUUUUCACAGUCUGAAAAAUCCUAAUGUUAGAUAAGAGGCACCAGUGUCUGGUACAAUAAAAGAAUGAGCUAGAUACCUACAAGCUGUUUAUCCAAGAUGCUCUUUAAUCCCAACCCUAUACUUUCUCAGUACUUACGUGCCCAAGCACGUAUUUGUCCACCAAUAUUUUGACCUUAAAAAACAAAUUUGUAGCCUCAAUGAAAAUCAAGAUAGAUACAGAGGAAGUACUAAGAUAAUUACUGUAUUGGGUUGAAUUUUAUGAAGUUGCUGAUAUUUGACUGUUUUGACCUACAAAAAUGGCAAUUUCAUACAGUUUAAUCUAAUAGCUGUUAUUAUGGAAAUUAACCCUGGAAUUGUUUUCUAGUUCUUGUGAUUGAAAGUGAAAGAAUUAAAGGGUUGAAAGACAUGCAGGUCUUUAGGUUAUACUAAAACUGUCUUUGGCCUUCCUCUUGGAGUCCAGAGGUAUAUUCAGUGAAUUGGUAAUAAAUGGAUGGUGUUAGUCUUUUCAUAUAAAGACAAUCCCUUAAAAGUUAAAUAAGAAAAGUCACAGUUUUCUAAAUCAAACACUUUUGUGGGAACAUGUUAUUUUGAGAUUCUGGCGGAUACUCUCUUGCAAGCAAGUAACCACUCCCUAGAUUUGCAUAGUCUACAAAUCCUGGUUUUCCUGAAUCAUGUUUGAUGAAAGCUUAAAAUCCUCUCCUAAAUGCAAUUCAGUUUCAUGCCCUGAGUCCAAUGUUAUGGAAAUUACAAACGAGCCCAGUCUGGCAUGCUCCCACCUCUUCUCUCCGCCUCUCCCACCCUUUUACAAUAUUGAACCCUAGCUUCAAUAUACUUUCUACUAAUCCACACAAAGUUAUUGAGUGAUAAGCCCAAUCUUGAUGCUCAACACAUUCUUCUAAAUGCCUGACCUAAAUAACUUCUGCUUGGUUAAUUUGUGCUCACUCUCACCUUAGUCUCAGUGUGAAAGUAACAAUUACCUUCUGUGCAAUAGUCCUUUGUAUGACUGAAGACUGUUAAUAAAUUCAGGUCUCACCUCCAUGUCUGGGAGGGCUGUAGUAACUAUUAUGGAAAUGGGAAUAUGACUAAUUCCCUAGCCAAGCUUUCCAUAUAGAUAGAUAAUUCAUUCACCUUAUAUUGUAUUUGUAGUGCCUGUUUCCCAAUCUUUGAUCAAUUUUGUAGUUCCCAUGGACACACUCCAAGAGUUAUAGAGCUUCGAUCACUAGUAGGUCCUAAAAUUAAAUGUAGUGCUCAAAGUCCUAAUUACUCAGGCUCAUAGUAAUGGGAUGGGUAAUCCAUCAUCUCCCAUUAGACAUGCCAAUACAUCUCUUGAGGACCUGAUCCCCACUCCUCUCACCUACCAAAAGGACUUUCUCAGGUGCAGUUCCAUAAGAAGCAGUUCUACCGUCUUAACUUCCGGAUAGUGAUUUGCUUUCAGAUUGGCAGUAGCAUUGAACUGAUAAGGAGCGAUAAGGAGAGACUGUGGAACCCAUUUUGCUGUGUGAACCCAUGUGCUUGAAGCAGAAAAGGACAUAAACUUUUCCUGACAUAUACAUUUUUAUUUUAUUAUCAUAUUUUAAUGCCCUAUGAUUUUUUUUUCAGACUACAGAAGUAAUACAUGUUCUUUGUGGGAGAUCUGAAAAAGAGCAAGAGGGUAUAAAGAAAAUAAAGAUCACCUGAGUUCUGCCACAAUCACAUUGUUUAAAACUGUAUUUCCAGGUUUUUAAGUCAAUCCAUGCAAUGCAUGUUUGGAUUAAUAAUACAAAGAAAGUCCCAAGAAGGUGAAGGUCAAAAAGCAAACCUCCCCUCUAUAAUAUUUUGCAUAUAGCUAGUAGCAAAUUUACUGACAAUUUCUGGUUGUUCCAUUUUUCAGUGGUAGCAAGAAGACUUCAUAAAAAGUUGAGCCCUGAUGACUCCUCCAAUGAAUGAUGGCUCUUGGGGAAAUUCUAAAAUCUUGCAGAUAUUUUUUUUUUCUUAGAUGCUCCUACAUCAGUUGGGAUACUUAUCACUGUUUGGCAAUACUGCCAUCUACAGUAUUGCUGUUAGAGUAAAAAACAUAUCAUGUACGAUUAUCUAAUUUAUUUAAAACUGUAAACAAAUGGGUCAUUUUAACAAUGAGCCCAUGUAAAAUUUCAGACUCAAAAGUCUCAAAGCUGAAAGGAUUAUGGACCUCAUCCACCCUAAACUUCCCACCCUCAUACAAUGUACCUAAACAAUGCCUGUCCUUUCUUUGUGCUCUAGAAUGUCACCAAUGCCAAAUGCUCAACUUUCUGGGAACUAUGCAAGUAGCACAGAUCUCUGGAAUGAAAUAUAAAGUCCAGAAAUAAACCCAAGCACAUAGAAGAGUUGAAUACAUUAUAAAAGAUGUCAUUACAUGGUUGGAUUAGUAAUUAAGUUAUAUUGGGAUAAUUAUAUAGUUGGGGAAAUGUUAGUUCUAUACUUCAUAACUCUUAUCAAAAUAAAUUACAGGCAAUGUAAAUAUUUACAUAUUAAAUCCCACAAAUAAACAUGCAAAAGGACUAUCAGUCAAUGUUGAUGAAUCUGUAAGCAAAUAUUGUAUGGGAGAAAAAUUUCUUUCAAUGCACGACAACGGUGAAAGAAACCACAAAGGAGAAGAUGACUGUUUCUGAUUCAUUAAAAAUGCAAACACCUAUACAGCAAAAAGUAACAAACUUAAUUAAAGGUCAAUAUCAAGAGUUUAAAUUCCACUAUCUUUAGGAAAUGUUACCCUUCAUUCUUUGCUUACUGAAUUUUUUCAUUACUGCUUCUUUGUCUGUUUAUCCCCAAUAAAUUAAAAGUUCAAGAAGGAAGCAGCUAUGUCUAUUUUGCUUACUACUGUACCCCCCCCACACCUAACUUAGAUACUAAGUUAACUUAGAUACUAAGUUAAACCCUAAAAACAUGUUUAGUGAGUUGAGUGAAUAAUGAAUGCAUAAACAAAAUAUUUUAUGACUCAAAAAAAAUCAAACUGAGAAAACUGAGCUAAGAACAUGAACUGCCAUGCAUAUAAUACACUAAUAAUUAAUAUAAAGUAUCAACUACUCUAUUAAUAAAAAUGCAAAUUGUUAUUAUAUACUCCUAUUUACAUAUCAAAAAGUGAGAGAAUAUUAAAAAUAAAAGUUCCUGAGGACAGUAAGGAUGCAUGGAAUGAAUAUUUUCUUUUAGAAUCAACAAAGAGUAUAAAUUGAUUUGACCUUUCUGGGAAAUAUUUUGGCAAUAUAUUUUCAUGCAUGCCAAGUAAUUCCUCUGUAGAGAAAUUCUCCUCUGACAGGUCAGAAAAAGAAGAACUAAAGUGAGUUCAUUCAUUAUUUUGAAAAAUAGGCAAGAAGAAUGUUUAUGGCAACAUUAGUUGGAGGAGCAGAAAAGUGUAAGUGAGCCUACAUUAUAGGUUGGUUAGAAAUGGGAUAGCUUUUCAAUGAAAUACUGGGUGCUAAUUAUAACAAGCACCAUGUGUACAUUUAUUGAAAGGAAUGAACUAUAUUAUUAAAUGAAAAAGGGAAGUUAUAGAAGGAUAUCUUAAUAUGAUCCCAUUUUAGAAAUAUACAUAUACAUGUGUGCAUUAAGUCUGAUAUGCUAUUUCCUAAAAUGUUAAUAGUACUUAUUUCUGGGAGUUGAGAAUGGGAGCAAUCAUAUUUUCUUUUUGCAUAUCUGUAAUUUCCAAUUCUUCCAUAAUGAGCAUGUAGUACCUGUGUAAUUUUUUCAGGGAAUAAACAAUGUUAACAAUAUAUAUUAAAUAAAAAUACAUGUUAUAAAACUGUAUGUAUAGUAUGACAAAAUAUUUGUAAAAAAGAAAAUUAUAUAUAAAUAUAUCUAUGUAUGUAUAUAUAUGCAUAAGAAAGCUAGAAGGACAUACACUAAAUCGUUAAUAGUAAUUUAUGGGUAGUGGGAUUAUAGGUGAUUAUUUUUUUUUUCUUUUCUGUGUUUUCUAAUUUUUCUACAAUGAAUAUGUAUUACU